AUGUCGCGAUGCGCGUCGGCGCGCGCGCCCGCGCGCGACGCGCGACGACGCGACGCGCGCGCGUGGACGCGUCGCGCGCGGACCCUCGCGACGACGACGCGACGACGCGACGGCGCGCGCGCGACGCGACACCGCGCGACGACUCGAGCGCGCGCGACGACCGGGGAUGAUCCCGACGCGCCCACGGCCGGGUUCGCGGCCGUCGCGGACGCGCUCGAGGACGUGGCGAAGGGGAAAUUCGUCGUCGUGCUGGACGACGAGGACAGGGAGAACGAGGGGGACUUGAUUGGGGCGGCGGAUAAGAUGACGGCGGAGUCGCUGGCGUUCAUGAUUCGACACACGAGCGGGUUGGUGUGCGUGAGUCUUGAGGAUUCGAGGGCGGACGCGCUGGAUCUGCCGCUGAUGGUGGAUUCGCAGAGUAAUAAGGAUGCGAUGAAGACGGCGUUUACGGUGAGCGUGGAUUUGGCGACGAGCACGACGGGGAUAUCGGCGAGCGAAAGAGCGAUGACGAUCAACGCGCUGGGAUCGGAUGAGACGACGGCGGCGGCGUUCGUGAGACCGGGACACGUGUUUCCGUUGAGAUAUCGCGCGGGUGGGGUGCUGAAACGGGCGGGACACACCGAGGCGGCGGUGGACUUGGCGCGCAUGGCGGGGUCGUCCCCCGUGGGCGUGUUGUGCGAAAUCGUCAACGACGAGGAUGGGUCCAUGGCGCGGUUGCCUCAGCUCAAAGUUUUCGCGGAGAAGCAUGGGUUGAAGAUGGUUCUCAUCUCUGAUAUGAUUCGGUAUCGUCGCGCGCGAGAAAAGAUGGUUGAGCGCACCGCCGUCGCGCGGUUGCCCACCGAGUACGGCAACUUUACGUGCGUGUCUUACAAGAACACUCUCGAUGGUCACGAGCACGUGGCUUUUCUGUACGGCGAGCACGAAGGCGACGUAUCCGGUGCUGUGGGUGAAGACAUGCUCGUGCGCGUGCACAGCGAGUGUUUGACUGGGGAUAUUUUCAAAAGCGCGAGAUGCGACUGCGGCAACCAGCUCGACAUGGCGAUGCGACGCAUCGCCGGCGAGGGCAAAGGGUGCAUCGUGUACUUGCGCGGACAAGAAGGUCGUGGUAUCGGUCUCGGUCACAAAUUGCGCGCGUACAACUUACAGGAUGAAGGACGCGACACGGUUCAGGCGAACGAGGAUCUCGGCUUUCCCGCAGACACGCGCGAGUACGGCGUCGGCGCGCAAAUUUUACAAGAUCUCGGCGUCACGUCUCUUCGCUUGAUGACCAAUAAUCCGGCCAAAUACAACGGUUUGAGCGGUUACGGUUUGAAAGUCACCGGUCGCGUGCCGCUUUUCGCUCCAGUCACGAUGGAAAACAAGAGAUACAUCGACACGAAGAGAAUGAAGAUGGGUCACUUGUUCGAGAUGCUCGAAGGCGUCGAACCGUCGCAAGCGGAGUCCGAACAAAAGCCGUCGCGAUGA